CCAUUGCGUGUCAACACAACAAGUGACUCUUGAGUCCAGUCCACGAGGUUGUGGCCGUGACUGGUGUGUGCAGUGAGUACAGUGCACCAGUAGUAGGUGUCAGGUGUGCAGCCAUGGGGAAGAAAAGGAAGAACAUGGACGAGGAGGAUGAAGGAGAAUCCUCCCACAGGCAGACGGUCCCUACCCAUGUCAAAAACCAAGAGAAGAGACUCAUCGUGGUGCUGGAGCGAGCCAACCUGGAGAGUGUCAAGAACGGCAAGAGUUAUGAAUUGCUCAACUGUGACGACCACAUGGGUCUAAUGAAGAAGUACAACAAAGAUCCUGCCAACUGCCGGCCAGACAUCCUCCACCAAUGUCUCCUCAUGCUCCAAGAUUCUCCACUCAACCAGGCAGGCAAACUACAGGUUUACAUCCAUACCGAGAAAAAUGUCUUGAUAGAGGUCAACCCACAGUGCAGAAUUCCUAGAACUUUCAAGAGAUUUGCUGGUCUGAUGGUUCAGCUGCUUCACAAAAUGAGUGUUCGAGCCAGCGAUGGUAACAUGAAGCUUUUGAAGGCUAUACGCAACCCUGUCACAGCUCACCUCCCUGCUGGGUGCAAGAAGAUUGGCACCUCCUUCACUGCUAAGAAACUUGUCAAUCCACGGGAGAUUGUUCCUGAGAAUGAUCCCAUUGUAAUUGUGAUUGGAUCCAUGGCUCAUGGCAAGGUGGAAGUAGAUUAUAUUGAAGAAGAAAUUGCAAUAUCAAGAUACCACUUGUCCGCAGCAUUAACCUGUGCCAAAAUGUGCAGUGGUUUUGAAGAAGUGUGGGGCGUCAAGUAGCAGUGUGGCCAGCUCCUAUAGCCAAAUGACACAACAAACCACGAGACACCUGGUGUAAGACUCAGCAAACAAGUCUCCAUUCACUUUAACAUCAAUUUUUUAUUCUUCCUUCCACAUCCUUUCUCAUCAUCAAUAUGUGUUACUCCUCUCAGAUUCCUCAGACAGUUUGAUCUCUAAUACAUAAUAAUUUUCUCUUCCUUGUCUCAUCAAUUCUUUAUUAUCUCCUAGUGGCUGGUUUCCUGCAGCUGCAACACUUCCUAAUCUCAUUCAUUACCUGCACACUAUCAAUAGGAAACUUGUAAAAAAUAAUUAAGAAAAAUACUAUGAAAGUUUAACCAAUCUGAAAUUAUAUAUCAACUGUGACAACAAUUUAAAUAAAUUUACAUGUAUGAUAACAAAUAAAGUUUUUUAUUUAAUUUA